UUUCUGUUCAUGGGAGGCGGGGCUUAGAUGGUCCAUCGUUUGCUCCGGCCCACCAAACCAAAACUAUCCCAACAUCUCAGCAUUCAGCCCCCCUCUCACAACAUCAUCUCCAGCUGUACACCCCUACUAAUGUCUGAGGAAUAUAACUUUAUAGAGAAGACAACAUUUUUAAGUUUUUAAAGUGCAUCUGAAUCGGCUGUGAUUUUGGUAAUGUCUUUCAUAUUGCAGUAUAUCCGGCUGUUUUACACCGAGCUCUGGUGAGAGAUCAGACAUCAACCAGGUAUGAAGUGAAGAUCAAAGCGCACAAGGACUCUGAUGGACUGUACGAUUCAGAACGGCUUCUUCACACAUCUCAAUCUUUUGAACUUUCAUGCUUCAAAAUGUCUCUAAUGUUUGGGAAAGCGAGGAUUUGUAACAUUGUAACGGUCCCUGAGCAUGAGCCUUCAGAAUGUAACAUCGUGAUUUUGGGAGCUAUGGGAACUGGAAAGUCAGCUCUCACGGUGAAAUUCCUCACAAAGAGAUUCAUCAGUGAAUAUGACCCAAAUCUUGAAGAUACCUAUUCCUCUGAAGAAAUGGUCGACCAACAGCCAGUUUUAGUCAAAGUGAUGGACACUGCUGAUCAGGAUGGACCAGUCAACUGUGAGCGGUAUUUAGCUUGGGCCAAUGCCUUCUUCAUUGUCUACAGCAUUGACAAUCGAAACAGUUUUGAGGUCUGUCAACAGUAUAUCGAGGCCGUGUCUCUUUAUACAAAAGGCCUGCAGCCAGAAGCACCUGUCAUUCUUAUAGGCAACAAACUGGACAUGGAGAGAUACAGACAGGUGAGCAAGUCAGACGGUGCGUCCCUGGCGUCGCGUGUCGGUUGUCUUUUCUAUGAAGUGUCCGCCUGCUCGGAUUUUCUGUCAGUUCAGCACAUCUUUCACGAGGCCGUACGGGAGGUACGGCGGGAGACGGAGAGGGGCAUCCGUCCGCUCUUCAUCAGCGAAGAUAAAGCCGCCAUCAGCCUGUCUUCCGCACCUCCCCUCACCGCCUGUUUUAAAGAGCUGCCCGCCCCGGCCACGGCCAAGCUGGUGACGGUCAAAUCAUCGAGAGCUCAAAGUAAACGCAGAGCCCCCACACUGACGCUUCUCAAGGGCUUUAAGAUCUUCUAAUCUUACUGACUGCUGCCACCUUCUGAUCUACACCAAAAAGUGCCUCUGUUUAUAAAGCAUAUAGUUCCGGUCAUCGAGCCGCGUUCAUCAGUAUCACUGCGCCACUGCGUUGCUUGGCAACCACUUUGUUGAAUUGUUUCUGAAGAACUACUUUGUGGAAGAAUGAUACGUGUUUAUUAAUGUCAUUGUGUUACUCUAUAUGUAUGUUUUAUUAAACCUUGCCAAAAACA